AUGACAAACAAAGAUAACAGCAAAGGAAGGAAACUCUCUAGGUUCAUGAAGGCACCCUUAAGGUUGAUGAUAAAGAUAAGGAACAUGUACGUCAAUGGCAUGAUCCAAUGUUCUCGUGACUUCGCUUAUGUAGAUCACACAGCCAUGGGAUGUCCCACGCAGUUUUACUCUCUUCCAAGGAGCUUCAGUGUUAACUCUACUACAAGCGAGGACGAUUUCAAGGAGCUUGUGAGGGUUGUGUCGCGGACUAUCAGUAAUGAAAAUCGAGUUGAGUCGGUUUCUCGGAGUCGAAGCGUUGGAAUCGGAAAGAUUGAUGAAGAUAAAGUAUAUGAGUUUGAAUCUGAUGAUACUAUCAAGGCUAAACCUCUUCUUUAUUCACGGAGUAGAAGUUGUGCCAUUCGCAGUAGAGGAACUAUGCUUUAA